AUGGCGACCAAUAACGACAACAACACCAUUCAGCCAGCCCUCGAUGUGGCGCCGGCGCUCGAGUACCAGCCCCAGCAGCAGCAGCAGCAGCCCGGCCCGGCCGCCGACCAGAUUGACGCGCGCCAAGAUAUAGAAAAGCCAGUCAAGCUCGAAGACUCGGAAGAGGAUGAGCGCGCCGACCGGGUGGCGCCGCUCAGCCGGCGCAACACCGAGGCCAUGAUUGCCGACAACGACCGCGAGGAGAUUAUGCGCAUCGCGAGCCAAAUCAGCCGGCGGCGGUCGAGCGUGGCCAGCCUGCAGCAGGUGCCGUCGCAGCAGGGCGGCGGCGGCGUCGGGCUCGAUUGGGACGACCCGCGGCUCGAUCCGCAGAGCGACAGCUUCGAUCUCGGCAAGUGGGUGCGCCACUUUGUGAGCCAGGUGCGCAAGGAGAACCGCAUGGGCCCCAACACGGGCGUGUCUUGGCGCAACCUCGACGUGUUUGGCUCGGGCGACGCGGUGCAGAUCCAAAAGACGGUGGGCUCGCUGCUGAUGGCGCCGCUGCGGCUCGGCGAGUCUUUCCACUUUGGCAAGAAGGAGCACAAGCAGAUCCUGCACGGCUUCAACGGCAUCCUCAAGCCCGGGGAGCUGCUCGUGGUGCUCGGGCGGCCCGGGUCCGGGUGCAGCACCAUGCUCAAGGCCAUUUGCGGCGAGCUGUACGGCCUCAAGCUGGGCGACGAGACUGAGAUUCACUACAGCGGCAUCCCGCAGAAGCAGAUGAUGGCCGAGUUCAAGGGCGAGACGUCGUACAACCAGGAAGUGGACAAGCACUUUCCGCAUCUGACGGUCGGGCAGACGCUCGAGUUUGCGGCGUCGGUGCGGACGCCGCAGGAGCGCAUCCAGGGCAUGUCGCGCAAGGAGUACGCAAAGUACAUGGUCAAGGUGGUCAUGGCGUCGUUUGGGCUGAGCCACACGUACAACACCAAAGUCGGCGACGACUUUGUGCGCGGCGUGUCUGGCGGCGAGCGCAAGCGCGUGAGCAUCGCCGAGAUGCUGCUGGCGGGCUCGCCGAUUAGCGCGUGGGACAAUAGCACGCGCGGCCUCGACUCGGCCACGGCGUUCAAGUUUGUGCAGAGCCUGCGGACGGUGACGCAGAUUGGCGACGCCGUGUGCGCCGUGGCCAUUUACCAGGCGAGCCAGGCCAUCUACGACCUGUUUGACAAGGCGACGGUGCUGUACGAGGGCCGGCAAAUCUACUUUGGCCCCGCGGGCCAGGCCAAGCGCUACUUUGAGGACAUGGGCUGGUACUGCCCGCCGCGGCAAACGACGGGCGACUUUCUCACCUCCAUCACCAACCCGGGCGAGCGGCAGACGCGGCAAGGCUUCGAAAACAAGGUGCCGCGCACGCCCGAGGACUUUGAAAAGGCCUGGCUGCAGUCGGCGGACCGCCGCGCGCUGCUCGCCGAGAUUGACGCGCACGAUCGCGAGUUUAGCGGCAGCAACCAGGAGCACAGCGUGGCGCAGCUGCGCGAGCGCAAAAACGCCAUGCAGGCCCGCCACGUCCGUCCCAAGUCGCCCUACCUCAUCAGCACCUGGAUGCAGAUCAAGGCAAACACCCGCCGCGCCUACCAGCGCAUCUGGGGCGACAUUUCCGCCCAGUCGGCCCAGGUCGCCAGCCACGUCUUCAUCGCUCUCAUUGUGGGAAGCGCCUUUUACGGGAACCCCGCCACCACGGAUGGCUUCUUUGCGCGCGGCUCUGUGCUCUUUAUCGCGAUUCUCAUGAACGCCCUCACGGCCAUUUCCGAAAUCAACAGUCUCUACUCCCAGCGGCCCAUUGUCGAGAAGCAGGCCUCGUAUGCCUUUUAUCAUCCCGCUACCGAGGCCAUGGCCGGCAUCCUGUCUGAUAUACCAAUCAAGUUCAUCACUGCGGUCGUCUUCAACAUUAUCCUCUACUUUAUGACUGGACUUCGUCGCGAGCCUGCCCAAUUCUUUCUGUUUUUCCUCAUUACAUUCAUGACCACCUUUGUCAUGAGCGCAGUCUUUAGAACCUUGGCAGCCUCUACCAGGACCGUCUCACAAGCCAUGGGUCUGUCUGGUGUCAUGGUCUUGGUCCUCGUCAUUUAUACCGGUUUCGUUAUUCCGCAGCCGUCCAUGCAUCCUUGGUUCGCCUGGCUCAGAUGGAUCAAUCCCAUCUUUUACGCCUUUGAGAUCCUCGUCGCCAAUGAAUUCCAUGGUCGCAAUUUUCCCUGUGGUCCAAGCUCUUUUGUUCCUCCAUACGAGCCUCGUAUCGGCACUUCCUUUGUCUGCGCCGUCGCUGGUUCCGUCAAGGGCUCCGAGACGGUCAGUGGCGAUGCCUUCAUCGACGCGAGCUACCAGUACCACUACUCUCAUGUCUGGAGAAAUCUUGGAAUCCUCUUUGCCUUUUUGAUUGCGUUCAUGAUCAUGUACUUUAUCGUGACCGAAAUCAACUCGUCCACCACCAGCACUGCCGAGGCUCUCGUUUUCCAGCGAGGCCAUGUUCCCAGCUACCUCCUCAAGGGAGGCAAGAAGCCCGCUGAAACUGAAAAAACCAAGGAGGAAAACGCCGAAGAGGUGCCACUACCCCCUCAAACCGACGUCUUUACCUGGCGCGAUGUGGUAUAUGAUAUCCCCUACAAGGGCGGGGAGAGAAGACUGCUGGACCACGUUUCCGGAUGGGUCAAGCCUGGCACUCUGACUGCUCUCAUGGGUGUAUCUGGUGCUGGUAAGACGACACUUUUGGAUGUGCUGGCUCAGCGAACCACCAUGGGCGUCAUUACUGGCGACAUGCUCGUCAGCGGAAAGCCUCUCGAUGCCAGUUUCCAGCGCAACACCGGCUAUGUCCAGCAACAAGAUCUCCAUCUCGAAACCGCAACGGUCCGUGAAAGUCUUCGAUUCAGCGCAAUGCUUCGCCAGCCCAAGACGGUCAGCAAACAGGAAAAGUACGACUUUGUCGAAGAUGUCAUCAAGAUGCUCAACAUGGAAGAAUUCGCCAACGCCGUUGUUGGUGUACCCGGUGAAGGCCUCAACGUCGAGCAGCGCAAGCUUCUGACCAUUGGUGUCGAGCUCGCUGCAAAGCCCAAGCUGCUCCUCUUCCUCGACGAGCCCACGAGUGGUCUCGACUCGCAAUCUUCCUGGUCCAUCUGCUCGUUUUUGCGCAAGCUGGCCGAUUCCGGGCAGGCCAUUCUCUGCACUGUCCACCAGCCCUCUGCGAUUCUCUUUCAAGAAUUCGACCGUCUCCUGUUCUUGGCCAAGGGCGGCAAGACUGUCUACUUUGGCGAGAUUGGUGACAAUUCGCGAACGCUUCUCGACUACUUUGAAGGCAACGGAGCCCGCAAGUGCGACGAUCAGGAAAACCCGGCUGAAUACAUGCUCGAGGUUGUCAACAACGGCUACAACGACAAGGGCAAGGACUGGCAGUCGGUCUGGAACGAUAGUCGGGAGAGCGUUGCCGUGCAAAAGGAACUUGACCGCGUUCAGUCAGAGACCCGCCAGACGGACUCGACGUCUUCCGAUGACCAUACCGAAUUCGCCAUGCCGCUGGCCACGCAGCUUCGCGAGGUCACCUACCGCGUCUUCCAGCAGUACUGGCGCAUGCCCAGCUACGUCGUUGCCAAGAUUGCUCUCAGCGUUGCGGCAGGUCUCUUUAUUGGUUUCACAUUCUUCGACGCCAAGCCCAGUCUUGGUGGGAUGCAGAUUGUCAUGUUCUCCGUCUUUAUGAUUACCAACAUUUUUCCUACACUUGUUCAGCAGAUUCAGCCUCUCUUUGUCACGCAGCGAUCGCUGUACGAGGUCCGCGAGAGACCAAGCAAGGCUUAUUCGUGGAUUGCCUUUGUUCUUGCCAACAUUAUCGUGGAGAUUCCGUACCAGGUUGUGGCGGCUAUCCUGAUCUGGGCCUGCUUCUACUACCCGGUUGUCGGCAUCCAGACGUCUGAUCGCCAGGGUCUGGUGCUGCUCUUUGUUAUCCAGCUGUUCCUCUACGCCUCGUCGUUUGCGCACAUGACCAUUGCCGCCAUGCCGGAUGCGCAGACGGCGUCGAGCAUCGUCACGGUCCUCGUCCUGAUGAGCAUUCUGUUCAACGGUGUGCUGCAGCCGCCCAAUGCGCUGCCCGGCUUCUGGAUCUUCAUGUACCGCGUCAGUCCCUUUACGUACUGGAUCGCCGGCAUCGUCGCAACCAUGCUGCACGGCCGCGAGGUUACGUGUUCCGAAACGGAGACGCAAAUCUUUGACCCGCGCGACGGGCAGACGUGCGGCAGCUACCUCGCGCCUCUGGCGGGCUCCGCACCCGGCACGUUGCAGAAUCCCGACGCCACGGCGGACUGCCGAUACUGCUCGUACCGGGUCGCUGACCAGUUCCUGGCGGGCUCGCGCAUCUACUGGAGCGAGCGCUGGCGCAACUUUGGCCUCAUGUGGGUGUACAUUGUUUUCAACAUUGCCAUGGCCAUUUUCCUCUACUACAUUUUUAGAGUCCGCAAGGGCGGCUUCGGACUCGGAAACCUAUUCAGUGGUAAAAAGGCGGCCAAACCAAAGAAGGAGGAGGCUGUAUCGGAAAAGGCGACUAAUAGUGGCUCGGCUACAUCUACGCCUCCUGUCGCCAAUUAA